AUGCUAGUCACAAUAGAAGAGCUAGCAAAGCACAAUUCCAAAGAGGAUUUAUGGUUAUCUGUCGACGGAAAAGUGUACAAUUGCACUCAAUUCCAGAACAGGCAUCCUGCGGGCGCGGCGAUCCUCCUCAAAGUCGCCGGAACCGACGCUACCCAGCAAUUCCUCAAGUUUCACCCCACACGAGUUUUGCACAUGUUGAGCGACUCCGAUCACGUAGGCUCGCUUUUGCCUGAACUGACAAUGGAAGAAGUUUCAAAGCACAAUACGCCAAAAGAUUUAUGGGUUGUUGUUGAUGGCCAGGUCUACGACUGCACCGCUUUCCAGGCCCGGCACCCCGGUGGCUCCAAGAUCUUGCAGAAGGUUGCUGGCACUGAUGCCACCAAACAGUUCUUGAAGUUCCACCGUUAUGGCGUUCUGAAGAUGCUUCAUGAGUCCGAUAAGCUUGGUCCAGUGGUUCCCAAGCUAAGAGCCCGUCUGGCUUCCGCCCAAGAAGGAAUCCCGCUGUCCGAGGUCGCAAAGCACAACACCAAGGAUGAUCUGUGGGUCGCCGUUGACGGCCAAGUUUACAAUUUGACAGAGUUCCAGAAACGCCAUCCCGGUGGUGCCCCCAUUCUUCAGAAAGUUGCCGGUACAGAUGCCACUAAACAGUUUUUGAAGUUCCACCCCACAGAUGUUAUCCGCAUGCUCAAAAAUGUUGAGAAACUGGGCCCAUUGCUGGCUUCCGAUAUUCCAGAAGACACAGAGGCCCCCACAGAGAGCGAAAAGCAGCUUCAAAAGUUCGAAAAGGCCAAGCCUCCGUUGGGUGAAAUGCUCAACUUGUUCGACUUUGAGCUGGUGGCUUCCAAGACCCUUGAACGCACCGCCUGGUACUAUUAUUCGAGUGCCGCAGAUGAUGAAAUUACCAUGCGUGAGAACCAUCGUGCAUACCAGCGCAUUUUCUUCCGUCCUCGUGUGCUGGUGAACGUCAGCAAAGUCGAUACUACAGCCAAGUUCUUUGGCCGCAAGUCCACCCUCCCUAUUUACAUCACCGCUACUGCAUUGGCCCGCUUGGGACACCCUGAUGGAGAGAUUGUGUUGACUCGUGCUGCUGCCAAGGAGGGUAUUCCGCAAAUGCUUUCCACCCUGGCUUCGUGCUCUGUUGAUGAGGUUUGUGACGCAAAGACCCCCGAGCAGGAUAUCUGGUUACAGGUUUAUGUCAAUGCCGACCGCCAAGUCACUCGUGAGUUCAUUCAGAAUGCUGAAAAGCGUGGUGUUUGUGGGUUCUUUGUAACCGUCGACGCUCCUCAGCUCGGCCGCCGAGAGAAGGAUAUGCGUGGCAAGUACGACGAGGACCUUGCUGACGUUCAAGGCGACGAAGACGAAGAUGCUGAUCGUUCUCAAGGUGCGGCCAGAGCCAUUUCUUCGUUCAUCGACCCGGCUCUCAGCUGGAAGGACAUUCCUUUCCUUCGCAAGUGCACCAAGAAGCCGCUCGUGAUCAAGGGUGUCCAGCGGUGGGAAGACGUCCUGAAAGCAGCAAAGGCCGGCUUUGAUGGCGCUGUUAUCUCCAACCACGGUGGUCGUCAGCUCGAGUUUGCUCCUCCUCCCGUCGAAAUUCUGGCCGAGAGCAUGUACCACCUACGCAAGGCCGGUCUGCACCGCAAGUUCGAGGUCUACGUCGACGGCGGAAUUAGACGCGGUACGGACGUGAUGAAGGCCCUGUGCUUGGGUGCGCGCGGUGUGGGUAUCGGACGUCCCUUCCUGUACGCGAUGUCGACCUACGGCGAAGAGGGAGUUCGACGCGCCAUCCAGCUGCUUAACGACGAGAUCAUUAUGAACAUGCGUCUAUUGGGCGUCCGUAGCCUCGACGAACUCGGCCCCUCACUGCUCGACGUGCGCUCCAGAGCUCCAGUCGCUCGCGACUACACCUACGAGGCGGUCUACGAGAAGCUGGUGAUGCCAGAGUUCAAGCUUUAA